CCAAGGUGUAUUUUCACUGAGUGCUCUGGCUCAAGCUCACUGAGUAUCAUUUUCAGACUAGAGAAAGUGAAACUGGGAUUGUGAAACACAGAAAGAACUGUAGCGCAGCGGUAACUAUAGUAAAAAUGGCUACCAGAGGUUUCUCAGAAGAGGACUUAUCUUGCCCUGUGUGUUGCGAAGUCUUCAAGGAUCCUGUUCUUCUCCUGUGUAGUCACAGCAUUUGUAAAAUGUGUCUUAAGAAGUUCUGGGAGACCAGAGGUUCGAGGGAAUGUCCAAUCUGCAGGAAGGAGUCUUCACAGGAAAGCCCUCCACUUAACCUGCUUCUAAGGAACCUGUGUGAGACUUUCCUACAGGGCAGAAGUCAGAGGGAAACAUUCUACAGUUUUGUGUGUCAAGACUCAACUCUCCGUAAAAAACACAGUGUUGGCGCCAUCAGUGAAGCGAUACUUGAGCUUAAGGAAGAACUAAAGGUCAAACUGAGGCCUUUACAGCAAAAGUUGGAUACAUCUGAAACCACCUGUGAUGAAACUGCUCGACACAGACGAGUUCAGGAGCAAGAGAGGCAGAUCAAAAAGGAGUUUGAGAAGCUUCACCAGUUUCUACAAGAUGAAGAGGCAGCCAGGAUAGCUGCACUGAGGGAGGAAGAGGAGCAGAAGAGUCAUAUGAUGAAGGAGAAGAUUGACGGUGGCACAUCAUCAGGGGUCAUUGGGGACCAGUUCAAGCUUGCAGCAGAUUCCUGGACUUGUGGCUCCUGCCUCCUGCACAACUCUGCAGCAGUCACCAAAUGUGUAACUUGCCAGACCCCCAAACCUGACACUUUCUCAUCUUCCUCAUCGUCAUCCUCCUCCCCUAAAUUGGACAGUAACCCCACAGCAGUUUCUAUAGGAACCACCAGCAGUACCUCUAGCACAUCCAGUGGAUCCAAAUUUGGUGGAACCCUCUCAGACGCCUCUAGCACCCCCUCUGGUUCAUUCAAAUUGGGAACCCUCUCUAACACCCCCUCUGGUUCAUUCAAAUUGGGAACCCUCUCAGACCCCUCUGGUUCAUUCAAAUUGGGAACCCUCUCAGACGCCUCUAGCACCCCCUCUGGGGCAAUCAAAUUGGGAACCCUCUCUAGCACCCCCUCUGGUUCAUUCAAAUUGGGAACCCUCUCUAACACCCCCUCUGGUUCAUUCAAAUUGGGAACCCUCUCAGACCCCUCUGGUUCAUUCAAAUUGGGAACCCUCUCAGACGCCUCUAGCACCCCCUCUGGGGCAAUCAAAUUGGGAACCCUCUCUAGCACCCCCUCUGGUUCAUUCAAAUUGGGAACCCUCUCUAACACCCCCUCUGGUUCAUUCAAAUUGGGAACCCUCUCUAACACUCCCUCUUUUUCAUUCAAAUUGGGAACCCUCUCAGACGCCUCUAGCGCCCCCUGUGGUGGUCUCACGUUUGGAGGCGCAUCGGCUGACUCUAGCAGGGGUUUGAAGUUUGGAGGUGCCUCUGACCCCUUGUUCUCUGGAAGUUUUAAUUUUGGCAGCCUGGUCAUUCGGGAUCAGAAAGGAAAAGGCAGUUGGGAAUGUGCUGUGUGCAGUGUGCAGAAUAAUGCUAAAGACCUACAGUGUGUGGCUUGUGGUAAACUCAAGAUUAGAUGCUCAUCCUCGGAGUCCACCAGGGGUUUCAAGUUUGGAGUUGCCUCUGCCCCCUCAUCCUCAAGAGGUUUUGAUUUUGGCAGCUGGGAAUGUGCUGUGUGCAGUGUGCAGAACAAGGCUAAAGACCUACAGUGUGUGGCCUGCCAGAGCAACAAGCCUGCAGCCAGACCUGAGCCUGAAGAGGCCAUUGGGUCCUCCAUGUUUUCUGAUUCUUCUGGAGGUUUCAAAUUUGGCUCCAGCAGUACCUCUAUGGCCUCCAGUGGAUUCAAGUUUGAUGGAACCCUCUCAGACUCCUCUAGCGCCCCCUUUGGUGGAUUCAAAUUUGGAGGUGCAUCGUCAGACUCCAGCAGGGGUGUCAAGUUAGGAGCAACAACUGGUUCCUCCAUGUUCUCCAAAUCAUCUGCAGGAUUCAAAUUUGGUGAACCCCUCUCAAACCCCUCUAGCACCCCCUCUGGUGGCUUCAAAUUUGGUGGUACCCUAUUUGACCCUUCUAGCGCCGCCUCUGGUGGCUACAGGUUUGGAGGUGCAUCGUCGGACUCCACCACAGGUUUCAAGUUUGAGGGUGACUCUAAGGCACUGGCAGAUCUGGGCAUGGGGGUCAUGGGUCACCGCCCAAGGCGUUGGCACAUACGCAGAAAAUGAAAUAUAAAAUUGAUUAUAAUGAUGUGGCACAGUUCAUCCCUCUUCCAGGUCCUGAACACCAACCCUCAUGAUCACACAUCUGAAGGUCACUAUGAACUCAGUCUAAACACAAGUCUUACCUGAUAUGGUGGACUGUUAAAGUCUAUUUGCUGAAUCUUCUGUGUGGCAGAGCAUCUUAGGAAAUCUCAAUUUUCAUCUCUGUCUGGUUCUCCUUUUGUAGCCUUUGGUAAACCUGUUCCCUGUG